UCUUUAAUCCACAGCCUUUGGAAAGAUUGCAAAACCAAAUAUGGGUUGAAAGCACAGCUGCUUGAAAGGAAGACGUUUAUCGGCAAAGAAAGUAUCAUUGAAAUGUUGGUCUGGGGUUUUCCCUUCCCUAUUGCUGAUUUGGUAAGAGCUUUAAAUAUUUUAAGGAAGCAGAAUUGAAAACUGCGUUUAAAAGAUACACUAAAAAGCAUCAGCUCCCUAAAUAGAGAUGAAAAAUCCCCUAUCGGUUGCAGUGUUCCCGAUCUCGAAAAAGAGAAAUCACUACCUUUUCCAGGAAACGACUUUGAUGAAAUAUAAUGCCGGUUUUUCUGACUAGAAGCACAGAAACACAAAGUCCUCUGAUUCAGAGAAAACAUUGAACUAGACCAAUGAUGGCGAACCUUUUAGACACCGAGUGCCCAAACUGUGUGCAUGCCAAAACUGAAAGGUGUGCAUUCGCAUGUGCGAACGUAUGCAUGCACAGCAGAGACCUGAAGACCAGCUGGACAGCAGGAGGCGGGGCAUCCCACCACCGGCAGUGCAGCAAGAGGUUGGAAGAACUGGGUUGGCUCCCGGCCUCCUUCUCUCUUUUUCCUCAGAGAAAUUAAGCCACUGUCUCCCGGGGACCACAACUGCUGAUACAAUGAAGCCCUGGAUUGAACCUCUUGUUGCUGGUGCUCAGCUGGCCAGCGCUUUCUACGACACAGGACUGUUGCUGGUGGUGAAGAACUACUACAACCAGACCAAUUCUUCUUCAGCGCAUUCCAGCGAGGAGGCUCAGCAAAAAGCGAUCUCUGACUUUUACAUCAUCUACCAUCUUGUUGAUGGGUUAACCCCGCUGUUAUCAGCUUAUGGCCUUGCUCGGCUAGGUGACCGGAUAAAUCGGAAGAUCAGCAUUUGCGUGCCUUUGUCUGGCUACUUACUCUCCCGCUGCCUUCUGCUCCUAUUGAUCUUGUUGGCUUGGCCAAUUGAGGUGAUGUAUGGGGCUGCUGUCUUGCACGGCUUGACGGGCGGAUUCACCACGUAUUGGGCCAGCAUCAUGGCCCUGGCCUCCCAGGGCUCAUCUGAGAGCAGAAGAUCCCUGCGUCUCAUCCGCAUUGAGCUCAUCUAUGGCAUUGCUGGUUUUGUGGGAAGCAUUGCUUCGGGACACCUCUUUGUUACCUUCCAUCUCAGUUAUCAGCAUGGUAUAGUGCUGAUUUCCUGUAGUGUUGCCUUAUAUGCCUUGUGUGUCAUCUACGGUCUAUUUGUCCUCCAAGUCCCCAAGCCUGGAGUUUGUGACCCAGCUGCUUCCACCCAUGUGGUCCAGCCUGACAGCAAUUUGGCUGAUGAUGAGAAUUUACUGUUCCAUAGAUCCGAGAGUUCCUCUCAUCUGCGACCUGCCAAGUCUUUUAUUGCCCUGCUCUUUGUUGGGGCCAUCCUAUAUGACUUGGCUGUAGUUGGCUCAGUGAACGUGUUGCCACUCUUCUUCCUGAAGAAGCCACUGAGCUGGGGACCGGAAUAUGUUGGCUAUGCCAAUGCUGCUGGCCAUUUGAUCUUUAUUACCAGCUUCCUAGGAGUCUUUGUGUUUUCCAAGUUUCUGAGAGACACCACCAUGAUCAUGAUCGGGAUUGUGUCCUUCUCAGCUGGCAUCCUUAUCAUGGCCUUUGUGCGAUGGACAUUCCUGUUUUACAUUGCUCGUGCUGUGAUGCUCUUUGCCCUCAUUCCCUUGCCAACCAUCAGAUCUUUGUUAUCCAAACACGUUGAACCUUCAACCUAUGGAAAAGUAUUUGUCCUUCUGCAGCUGUCACUGGUGAUCACUGGAGUUGUGACAUCAACAGCCUAUAAUAAAAUUUACCAACACACCCUGGGCUGGUUCAGUGGAUUCUGCUUCCUUCUGUCAUGUGCCAUUGGUUGCCUAAGUCUUAUCCCUAUCAGUUUUGUAGCCUACAAGCAAUGGACACAAUCUGAUUUAGCAGAGAGAUUAGCCAACCCAAAACAACUGUCGACUUCAGAAGCAGAUAUACGGAGCAAGUUAGAGCAACCAGACAGACUGACUACGUGAAAGACAUGCCUUGUUGCUAAUUAUGCCGCUAGGGACAUUUAGUUCUAGGAACUAGUUUCCUGUACUCUUUCAUGUACAAAUAGGCUGUUGAAACAGCAGAAGAAAAGCAACUGAAAACCAUGUACGGAGUAGGAGGCAUGCGGUUUUUGAGUGAUGCUGCUUUGGAACCACAUUUCAUAGCAUUCUCCCUAUUCUACAAUCAGGAUACAUUUGUUCACCUAACCCCCUUUCCAUCUACAAACCUUCCAGUAAAUUGUCUCCUUAUUCAUAUUUUAAAGCAAAAUAUCCUUCUCUGGGAAUCCUCAGGAACACCCAUUCCCCAUAUUUAGUCUGAUUUUCCUUGUAGUUGGACUAGAUGGCCUCCCUACUCAUAGGAACCUUGUUCCUUAAAUCUCAGUGCAAUAUCCAAUUUUGGGGGCGAUGGGUUAGAAGGCUAUAAUGACAUUUGCACCCCAGUGUUUCAGUGCUCCUGGUGGUUACCUCACAAGGCUCAUGUCCUCAAGACAAGACAGCGAAGAUAGAAAGACAAUGAGCAGAUUUCCUAGCUAAGAAAUGAAAUAAAGCAUGAGAUAGACAAUGUAAUACUUAGGGCAGAACCCUCAACACCUGUUUAAUCACACACCAAGAACCAUACACCGCUGGAUGUUAUUUUGUUAUUUUUAUAAUAAAUGAAUGGGAAGCUUGCA